UCUCCCAUUGAGGAAUACUAAGCGUUACGUGGAGCUUUUUUUUUUUUGUUCUUCUCGCCGUUCGACUUUACUUUUACAUGACAUUUAAUUUAUUCCGAUACACCAGAGCACAUCCUCCAUGGUGAGGGAUCAACUACACUUACACUCCGGUGCAGUACCAUUUGUGGUGCUGCCAUGAGGAAGAGAACCUAGUCUCCCAUCACCUGUCCUUUGGCCCAUUCCAUGUCUGACAACAGUGACCCUCAGCAUUACCUCUAUUCAACUCUGACGGGACGGGAACGGUCCCGUGAAAGGGUUGGCUUUCAGGUGGAGGAAGGAGAGAUCUCUCCCUGCUCUGCCAUCAGCCAACUUCACCGCAUGGCCAGCAGUUACAGUGAGGGUUGUGGCAGGAGGGAUGGGGGUGACCUGGAACCAGAGUUGGGCUUGGCUUCAGAGGGGAGUGACAGCAGCCACGAGCACCCAGCAUCGCCUGGUUCUUCCCGAGAUGAAAGGAAGCGGACUCGCUUACACGAAGAUGUAGAGAUGGCCGGCUCGAGUGGGACUGAAUCCCACGGCAACGACUCGCAUGAAAAUGAAUCUCAUGGCAAUGAAUCUGUGGGCAGUUCAAAUGGAAAUGGGAAAGAUUCCGCUCUCCUCGAGUCAUCGGGAAGCAACAAGAGCUCAAAUUCUCACAGCUCCUCACCACCAAGCAGCUCAAAUGCCUUCAGUCUGGUGAGCUCCGAGCAGGACAACCCAUCUUCUAGUGGUUGCAGCAGCGAACAGUCGGCUAAAGCAAAGAAACAGAAGGAGCUCUUAAAAACCCUUAAGGAGCUGAAGUUGCAUUUGCCCAUGGAGAAGAGGAGCAAGGGCAAAUCUACCACUGUCAACACACUCAAAUAUGCUCUACAGUGUGUCAAGCAGGUGAAAGCCAAUGAAGAGUAUUACCAGAUGCUAAUGAUCAAUGACAGCCAACCACCUGGUUUUGAAGUGCCAUCUUACACCAUUGAGGAAAUCAAUAGCAUCACUUCGGAAUACACCCUCAGAAACACUGAUAUAUUUGCUGUGGCUGUCUCACUAAUCACAGGGAAAAUAGUUUACAUCUCAGAUCAGGCGGCGUCCAUCUUAAACUGCAAGCGUGAAGUAUUCCAUAAUGCCAAGUUUGUGGAAUUCUUGACGCCUCAGGACGUCAGCGUGUUCUACAGCUUCACGACACCGUACCGCUUGCCCUCAUGGAGCAUGUGCACUGGAGCAGAGUCAUCUCCCACGGAGUGCAUGCAGGAGAAAUCCUUCUUUUGCCGCAUCAGUGGUGGAAAGGAGCACUAUGGGGCUAUGCAGUACUACCCCUUCCGCAUGACUCCUUAUCGAAUGAAAGUCCAAGAUGCAGAACUCUCUGAGGAGCAGUUCUGCUGCCUCUUGCUGGCAGAGAGGGUGCACUCUGGUUAUGAAGCACCCAGAAUCCCUCUUGAUAAACGCAUCUUCACCACCACGCACACACCUAACUGUGUUUUUCAGGAUGUCGAUGAAAGGGCUGUUCCACUGUUGGGUUACCUCCCACAGGACUUGAUUGGGACACCUGUGCUGCUCAAUCUGCACCCAAGUGAUAGGCCUAUCAUGCUGGCUGUGCAUCGCAAGAUUCUGAAGUAUGCUGGUCAGCCAUUUGACCACUCUUCGAUACGCUUCUGUGCAAAAAAUGGGGAAUACAUCACAAUCGACACCAGUUGGUCCAGCUUUGUUAACCCCUGGAGCCGCAAAGUUUCCUUUGUCAUUGGCAGGCACAAAGUCCGCAUGGGUCCUGUGAACGAAGAUGUUUUUGCACCACUGGCUUUUAAUGAAGGGAAGAUGAUGGACUCAGACAUCCAAGAAAUUAGUGAGCAGAUCCACAGGCUACUACUACAACCGGUUCACAACAUGGGAUCCAGUGGUUAUGGUAGCCAUGGCAGCAAUGGUUCCCAUGAACAACAAGUGAGCAAUGGCUCGUCCAGCGAAAGCAAUGGGAAUGGGAUGGUGGGGAAUGCAGCUGAGGAAACGAGCAAGGCCAAGCCCACCAGGACAUUCCAGGAGAUUUGUAAGGGAGUUCACAUGUUGAAGAACCAGGACUCACAGAUGUGCCCGCGCUCCCCUCCCCCAUCACCUGCUCCAUUCCCGUCCAAGCCCGAAAAGAAAAACCCUGACGCGGUGUCUCAGAAGAGUCCAGUGGUGCGUCUGAAGGACUCUGCACCGAGAGAUAGUAAUGCAUCCAACAUGGAUGAAUUAACCUUCAAAGACCAGACUGUCUGCUCCUACCAGCAGAUUAGCUGCCUUGACAGCGUCAUCCGUUAUCUGGAGAGUUGUAACAUCCCAAUCUCUGUAAAGAGGAAAUACCAGUUUUCUUCAAACACCAACUCCUCCAACUCAGAUGAUGACAAAAAAUGUACAGAGGAUACUGUGCAAGCACCUGGUGGUUCAAACACAGAUUCUUUGAUGCUUGAGGGCCAGCCUGGAUUGUCAAACAUGAAAGCGUUCAAGAAGUCCAAGGCAGCAGUGGUUGGAGCACCAAUGGGAACCCUUCGUUUACCCAGCAAGGCAGAAAGUGUUGUGUCAAUCACAUCUCAGUGUAGCUAUAGCAGCACCAUUGUGCAUGUGGGAGACAAGAAGCCUCAACCAGAGUCUGAAAUAAUUGAGGCUGUGGCUGAGAGCCCUGCCCCCCCUGCGCCGCCCGUUAGUGUGGUGUCUCAGCUGAGCCAGGAGAAAGAGGCCUAUAAGCGGCUGGGACUGACCAAGCAGGUGCUGGCAGCCCACACGCAGAAAGAAGAGCAGGCCUUCCUCAGUCGCUGCCGAGAACUCUGUAAAGCCAGGAUGUUCCAGAAGGACUAUUCCACACAUCUGCACAGACAAAAGGGGCCAGUCAAUCCUGAAGAACCAUCGGGAUUACGAGGUGCUGCCAAACAGGGCAUGACAAGGCCAGAGACCGCUGCCAAAAAGGGGAACCGUAAUAGAAAGUCUAAGAAGCCACGCAUGACGCAUCCUGAUUCGUCAGACAGUGCUGUGUCCAACCGCAAACGCCGCCCCCCUCUUCAGGGCCUCAACCAGACGUCAUGGUCCCCAUCGGAAGCGUCCUUGUCGGCUUUUAACGUGUCCUACCCAGCCAUGGUGCCUGCCUACCAGCUCUACCCACCGGCGCCUGCUGCUCCAGCACAGGUGCCCCGUCCAGACCCAUCCCUCUCCACAGGCUUUGUCGAGGGCCAGAGCACUCAAGUUCCUCCUACUGCAACUCCUUUUCCAGCGCCCAUUGUUACACCUAUGGUGGCUUUUGUGCUGCCAAACUACCUCUUCCCUCAAAUGGGACCGUUGGGCCAAAUAGGCCCUGCUCCCAGACCAGCGUUUUUCCUGGAGCAGACCCAGACGCAACCUCAGUUUAAUGCCCAGCAGCCCUUUCAGCCCCCGCAGUCAGCUUACACCCUGCAAACGCAACCUCCCUUCACCAGCCAACAGAUUUUCCCCGUGCCGACUGCCUUUCCAUCUCAGCAGCCUUUCCAGUCUCGUCCGACGACCUACAGUGCCCAGCAGCCCUUCACUGCUCAGCCUACUUUCUCAGUCCAGACUCCAUUUGUGGCUCAAGCUCCAUAUACGACUCAGCCCUUCAUUUACAGCCCAAAUACCCAACCCCCUAAAGCCUCAGGUUUGGAGCCAAGAGAGGGGGCGGCUUCUCGCUCCUCCACCCCAGCAUCUGGUGCACGUGAGCACACCACAUCACCGACGCUGUUUGAAUCACGGUGCAGCUCGCCCCUGCAGCUCAAUCUGCUCAGCAUGGAAGAGGGCCAACGCUCCGUGGAGCGGCAGGACUGUACAGCGGCCUUUGCUGGACCUCAGGGUAUCAGCGCAGCGCCGUGUUCUGUUGCAGCAGGACCUGCUGUGGAAAAGAGUCCGACAGUCUCAGCCAAGGCUGAAAAUCUUCAGCAGGUAGAGUCUCCAGAAGAUCGCGCGCACAGUGAUGGUCACUCUUCAUCCUGUGACCUACUGGAUAUACUUCUACCGGAGCAGGAGGACUCUCACUCUGGCACCGGUUCAGCAACAUCUGGUUCCAUGGGCUCGGGAUCAGGAUCUGGUUCCAAUGGCUGUGAUAUGUCGGCAAGUGGAGCCUCAGGCAGCAGAACAGGCAGCAGCAACACAAGCAAAUACUUUGGCAGUAUUGAUUCUUUGGAACAUGAUCCGAAGACUAAAACCCAAGCCAUAUCGAGAGGCGAAGGAGACUCUGAUGGUGGCCAAUCACAUCCCAAGGUGUCAACCAAAGGAGAGGGAGAGCAUUUAAUUAAAUAUGUUCUCCAGGAGCCCCUUUGGCUGCUGAUGGCCAAUGCUGACGACAAGGUCAUGAUGACGUAUCAAAUGCCAUGCAGGGACAUUCAGAAGGUUCUGAGGGAAGACAAGGAACGAUUAAGACAGAUGCAGAAGAGUCAGCCCCAUUUCUCCUCAGACCAACGCCGAGAGCUGUUGGAAGAACACCCAUGGAUGAGAAGAGGGGGUCUACCUGCUGCUAUCAAUGUGAAGGAGUGUCUGUACUGCAAGGAAGCUGCAGAGGACCACAUCGAGGAGAACCUCCCUCAAAUGGACUUGGGGGAGAUGGGUGAGGAGCUGAGCGAGAAUGCUCAAAGCCAGUCAGAGGCGUCACAGCCCAAACUGGACUCUGGCUCGUGAACAUUUCAACCACCAGCAGGAGGGACACACCUGACCAGCCUGGACCCCUAACACACACACGCACGCACGCACGCACACACUCUCAGACACACGUAUUGUAAAUAUGAGACAAAACAACCGUGUGCCUGGCUGUCCUCAAAAAGACUCUUAAAAACAGAUGUUGAUGUUGUGUGGAUGCUGCUAGUGUUUGUGUGUUGACUGUUAAACGGAGAUACAAAGUGAUCACACCGAGUUCUGUACUUGCAGGGCUUUUAUGUUGUACAACUGUCGCAACACAUUCUCAUAUAUGAAAUGUUAACUUUUAUUUAAUUUUCCCUGACACCCAAACCUUUUUCUGAGAGAUGACAUGAGCAGUCAAAAAUGUGUUGCUUGUUACUUCUUAAAACUGUCAAACCGUAUUGGAAGGCGACAUGAUUGUCACAAGCACAUUGCAUUUCCUAGGUUUUCCUGUCCAUGCAAUGUGUUUGUUUUUCAUUAGGAAUAUUGGGGGGUUGACGAGAUGUUGUAUGCUUGUAU